AUGGUUGAAUACAUGGAUGUUAUUCCUACUAAAAGUAUUGGUGGAUCUCCCCGAACUUUGGCUUUGACCACAAAGAAUCAGUCCUCAAGGGACCAGCCUGUGCAAGUUUUGGUUCCAACAGUUCCUGUGAGCAAUAAUGAGAAACUUGAAAAAUUCACUAGUGUGAAUUUUAAGACAUGGAAGCAGAAAAUUGUGUACAGUGUGAUGAAAACGGCUAAAGAAUUGUGGGAUUCUUUGGACCACAAGUACAAAGUCGAAGAUGCUGGAGCCAAGAAAUUCUUGGUUGGCCAAUUCUUGAACUUCAAGAUGGUGGAUUCCAAAAAUGUGAUAAGCCAAGUGCAAGAUCUUCAGUUGAUUAUCCAUGGAAUACAAGCUGAAAGGAUGGUCUUCAGUUCAUCUUUCCAAGUAGUUGCUAUUAUAGAGAAGCUACCCCCUGCAUGGCUAGACUUCAAAAAUUAUCUAAAGCGAAAGGAAAUGAGUGUUGAAGAUCUCAUUCGCAGACUUCGCAUUGAAGAGGAUAACAAAAGUGUUGAGAAGUAA